AUACGCAUGCGCAUAGCAGCUACCCCCUCUGGUUUCUGCUUGCACUGCCACGUUAGUAGCGGUAGACAUAAAAUACCAAGCUACUAAUCCAAACCCCGAUAAAGAAUACCACGACCAAAUUGAAAGCCUCAACUUUUCAGUAACACGUUCGUCCGCUGCGUCUCCCGCCAGCUUUCUUUUCUGCGGAAGAGCACUCUUGAAGGCAAAAAUGCUCAAGUUUUUCAUCCUGUGCACGUUAGCUGUAGCCAGUCGGGCUGAGAUUCCCGAGGAAGACGACGUUCUGGUACUGAAGAAGAGUAACUUUGACGAGGCUCUCUCGGCGCACCCUAACAUCCUGGUAGAAUUCUAUGCCCCAUGGUGCGGUCACUGCAAGGCCCUGGCUCCAGAGUAUGCCAAGGCUGCUGGUAUGCUGAAGGCAGAAGGUUCAGAUAUCCGCCUGGCUAAGGUUGACGCCACUGAAGAGACAGACCUAGCCCAAGAGUUUGGUGUCCGUGGAUACCCCACCAUCAAGUUCAUUAAGGGGGGAGACAAGGAAUCCCCCAGAGAGUACUCAGCUGGAAGGCAGGCAGAUGACUUUAUCAGCUGGCUCAAGAAACGCACAGGCCCCGCAGUUGCGCUGUUGGCUGACGUCACAGCUGCGCAGUCCUUAAUAGCUGACCAUGAAGUGGUGGUCAUUGGGUUCUUUAAGGAUGUGGAGUCUGCUGGAGCCAAGGCCUUUGAAAUGGCAGCUGAAGCAAUCGAAGAUGUUCCUUUCGGCAUUACCUCAGAUGAUGCCGUUUUUACCAAGUUUGAGGUCUCCCAAGAUGGCAUUGUUCUCUUUAAGAAGUUCGAUGAAGGACGUAACACUUUUGAUGGUGACCUUACCAAAGAAACUAUCCUGUCUUUUGUCAAAGCCAACCAGCUGCCUCUGGUCAUUGAAUUCACUGAGCAGACUGCCCCUAAAAUCUUUGGGGGUGAGAUCAAGUCCCACAUUCUUAUGUUUCUGCCAAAAGCAGCCUCAGACUUCCAGGAAAAAAUGGACCAAUUUAAAAAAGCCGCCGAGUCAUUCAAAGGACAGAUCCUCUUCAUUUUCAUCGACAGCGAGGUGGAUGACAACCAGCGCAUCUUGGAGUUCUUUGGCCUAAAGAAAGAGGAGUGCCCAGCCAUCCGCCUCAUCACCCUGGAGGAUGAGAUGACUAAGUACAAACCAGAGAGCGACACCAUCACUGCAGAGGCCAUUGUUGGAUUUUGCACACAAUUUAAAGAAGGCAAACUGAAGCCUCACCUGAUGAGCCAAGAAAUCCCCAAAGACUGGGACCAAACACCUGUCAAGGUUCUGGUUGGCAAGAAUUUUGAGGAGGUCGCCUUUGAUCCCAAGAAGAACGUCUUUGUUGAAUUCUAUGCCCCUUGGUGUGGCCACUGCAAGCAGCUGAAUCCUAUCUGGGAAAAGCUGGGUGAGAAGUACAAGGACCAUGCUGACAUCCUUGUGGCCAAGAUGGAUUCUACAGCUAAUGAGGUGGAGGCCGUCAAAGUCCAUAGCUUCCCUACCCUGAAGUUCUUCCCUGCAGGAGAAGAACGCAAGGUGAUUGACUACAAUGGGGAGAGAACACUAGAAGGCCUGAGCAAGUUCUUGGAGAGUGGCGGUACAGAGGGAGGAGCACCUGCUGGCGACGACGAUGAUGAUGGCGAUGAGGAAGACUUUGAUCCUGAGGACUUGGAGGACUUGGAGGAUACGGAUGACGAAGACUCAGACAGCAAGGAAAAAGUACAUGAUGAGUUUUAAAAAGCUGGUAGAAGAGACCCACGCUGCCCCCUCCUUCCAUUUACCUUCCCUUCACUCUUUAAAGACAGUGUCCUUCUACUGAGACCAUUAUUUCCCUUAUCUAGCCACCUCUUAGUCCACCAGCAGGCCCACUAGUUGGCCAGUCAGUAUAUUGGUACAAGCUUCUUUCCCUGACGUCUCAUUUUAUUUGGGGAGGGCACACAGAAAAAAUCACACAUUGGCAUCGAGAGCUUCUCCACCAAAUGUUUAGUUUCAUUCAACAAAGUACACUUUAGCUUUCAUCUGUGCACUUACGGAGUUUGGUCUGAUCAUUUUGUAAGGAUCAAUCUCUCGGACAAAUGGACUACCUGUGCUUUUACAGUAAAAUAUAUCCUCGCUGUGUAGCAAAAGGCCCCUCCCGCUCACAUGUAGCUUAGACCAAUAUCUGAACAACCUGCCUUCAGAGUGGAAGCGGUGGCAGAUCUUUUUAUCCCUGUCAUUUCCAAACAAUUAACUCCUCACUUUCUGUGGGGUCUACUGACUUUUUUUUUUUUUUUUUUUUUUUCCUCCCCCAAACGGAACAAAUGCUAACUUUUUGGGAGGAUCGGGGGUGGGAAUGUUUUUUAUUUAAUUGCUUUAACUGAGUGUUUUUCGUUUUUUAAUUUAGGACUUUUUUUAUGUUUGACCAUCGUGCCCAAUUGUAGCCGCUUUUGGCCUUGAUGGGACAGAGUUGGCACUUGGACACACACACAUACACUCAGGCCAUGGAUGAUUAUUUUUUUGGGAGCCAAUUCUGAAAAGUUGCACUGCGUUCAUGCCUCUUUCGAGAUUCUUUAUGGUUACUAAAGUUAACGAGUGCGCUACAUUCAUGUUUGUUCUGAGACAAGAGUUUAUUCUGAUACGGGGAGGAAGCAGUUGCACAGUACCACCGCUCGCCCAUACUGUAUGUACCAUCUGUAUCCCCUCUUGGCUCUACUUAUACACUACUUUUCACUGUAUAAUGUGUGAGUGAUGGCUAUGAAUGACUAGUUUUCCUAGUCGUGAUGAUGAAAAUGUGUGUGUUUGUAAGUGUACUGUGGUGGCAUUAGUAGAGGUGAGGUGAUACAAUUGACAUCUGUACAGAGGUGAGGGAUACUUAAAGCAUUCCAUCAUAUCAAGAUUUGAUUUGGAAAAUGUGAAAUGAUGGCCAAUAAACAAUAUGACACAA